GGGCCGGCGGCCGUUUGUCCGUUACUCUUUGUCAGUCCGGCGGACGGUUGGUCGGGGCUGUACGGCGGACGCCGUCCCUCACGAGACCUGCGCGCGGCCGUGGGGGUCGAGUAAAAUCGUCGGCGCCGUCAUGAUCCUGCAUCAGAUCCUGCGACUUUCUUCCCUUUUUCGCUCCGCUGUCUCCGUUCACCUGCGGAGAAACAUCGGUUUCUCUGCCAUUGCCUUUAAUAAGGCAAAAGAGCUCGAUCCGGUUCAGAAGCUCUUCCUGGACAAGAUCAGGGAGUACAACACAAAAAGCAAGCAAGCUGGAGGGCCUGUUGAUGUAGGCCCCGAGUUUCAGAAAGACAUGAAUGAAUCACUUGCCAGGCUUCAGAGGAUGUAUGGAGAGGGAGAUCUAACCAAGUUUCCAGAAUUCAAAUUUGAGGAGCCCAACUUUGAGGAGACACCAAAGUGAUUUCUUUACAUCGUCCUCCAAACAACAUCCAUGGAGUUGCUGAAUAUGGCAUCAGUUGUAACUUAAUAAAUACAGUGUUUCAGUUUGA